UUUUUUUUUUUUUUUUUUUUUUUUUUUUUGGUUCUUUUUUUUUUUCGGAGCUGGGGACCGAACCCAGGGCCUUGCGCUUCCUAGGCAAGCGCUCUACCACUGAGCUAAAUCCCCAACCUCCCUCUGACUCUCAAGUGCUAGGUAUAUACCACCACAUUUGGUCCCAAAGAUAAACACUUUCUACUAGCAAAAAGUUUGCUGAAUUGUAUUGAAAAUGAAUAGCUAAAUUGUUGUUGGGUGGAGAGAAUGGAAAAGGGAAGGGCAUUUUCUGUUUUUCAGUUGUCUGGCUAACCUAAUGUCUCAGCCUCUUGGGAGUGGGAUAUGAAUCAGCCUUGUUUUGAAAUUCCCUUUCCUUUGUGUUCUUUCUUUGGUAUUCUCACAAGACAUAUUUUGGUUGGCCUUUUAACUCUAGAACCUCAUGUUCUUGGGCUUUAAAGUAUAUACUUUCCACUUCCUCUUUUAACACUGGGCUUUAUGUGGUUCAGCUGUCUAUUGUGCUGUUUCCGGUUGCCAUGUUGCACUUGGAACCAAGAGAUGACAGAAGCAGCACAGGGGUUGUGGGGAGCACAUAUAUCAUCCUUGUUGGGAAAGAGCUGGAUACUCAGCCCACCCCCACCCCCAAUCCCCAGUAGUAUAAGUUACUGUGUUAGCUCCACAUUUAGGACCAGGGCACUUGGCGUCCUUUGGUAUUUUAGUGGCUACACCUCUUGAAAGAGUUGUUAGAGUGGCUGGAAUGGUAGCUGGAGAUACUUUAUGUGGCCUGCCUCCUCGCCUGGAUCAUGCUCUUGUAAAAUCUAGAAGUGAAGCUAAUAAGGAUGCCUUUAAUCUCAUCAUUCAGGAGGCAGAGGCAAGUGAAUCCUUGAGUUAAAGACCAGCCUCGUCUGUAGAGGGAGUUCCAGGACAGCCAGGUGCUAUGAAGAGAAACUCUGUCUGGGGAGAAAAAAAAUGAGUUGACAGAAAUUUCCUGCUAGACAAGAAAAAUUAGAGUUUUCCUACAGAUUUGACUUGGGUGAAGAAAGACCAGAAAUCUUUGCCCCCUGACUUUGGAGACCCAGUUUAACCUUCAAACUGGCGAUGUCAAGGGUUCCAAGUCCUCCACCUCCGGCAGAAAUGUCGAGUGGUCCUGUUGCUGAGAGCUGGUGCUAUACACAGAUCAAGGUAGUGAAGUUCUCCUACAUGUGGACCAUCAAUAACUUUAGUUUUUGCCGGGAGGAAAUGGGUGAAGUCAUAAAAAGUUCAACUUUUUCAUCAGGAGCCAAUGAUAAGCUGAAAUGGUGUUUGCGAGUAAACCCGAAGGGGCUGGAUGAGGAAAGCAAAGAUUACCUGUCGCUCUACCUGUUGUUGGUCAGCUGUCCAAAGAGUGAGGUUCGGGCCAAGUUCAAGUUCUCCAUCCUGAAUGCCAAGGGAGAAGAAACCAAAGCUAUGGAGAGCCAGCGAGCUUAUAGGUUCGUGCAAGGCAAAGACUGGGGAUUCAAAAAAUUCAUCCGUAGAGAUUUUCUCUUGGACGAGGCCAAUGGACUUCUCCCUGAUGACAAGCUCACCCUCUUCUGCGAGGUGAGUGUAGUCCAAGACUCUGUCAAUAUCUCUGGGCAGAACACUAUGAACAUGGUAAAGGUCCCUGAAUGCCGGUUGGCUGACGAGUUAGGAGGGCUGUGGGAGAACUCUCGAUUCACAGACUGCUGCUUGUGUGUGGCUGGCCAAGAAUUCCAGGCUCACAAGGCUAUCUUAGCAGCUCGGUCUCCAGUUUUCAGUGCCAUGUUUGAACAUGAAAUGGAGGAGAGCAAAAAGAAUCGGGUUGAAAUUAACGAUGUAGAACCUGAAGUUUUUAAGGAAAUGAUGUGCUUCAUCUACACGGGGAAGGCACCAAACCUUGACAAAAUGGCUGAUGAUUUGCUGGCAGCUGCUGACAAGUACGCCCUGGAGCGUUUGAAGGUCAUGUGCGAGGAUGCCCUCUGCAGUAACCUCUCUGUGGAGAACGCUGCAGAGAUUCUCAUCCUGGCUGACCUCCACAGCGCAGAUCAGCUGAAAACCCAGGCAGUGGAUUUCAUCAACUAUCAUGCUUCGGAUGUCUUGGAGACCUCUGGGUGGAAGUCAAUGGUGGUGUCACAUCCCCACUUAGUGGCAGAAGCGUACCGCUCUCUGGCUUCCGCACAAUGCCCUUUCCUGGGGCCCCCGCGCAAACGCCUGAAGCAAUCCUAAGAUCCUGCCUGUUGGGAGACUCCAUUCAUUUUCCAGCAGCAGCAGCCACCGUUGCUGCCACUGACUGCCAGGUAGACCGCGCGGUCUGUGCGGCUUUUACUCUGUGUCGGGGGAGAUGGCACCAUGGCCACCCAGACUUUAACAGCACUAAAUAACUUAGGGGAGCUGGGGGAGGGAAGGGCCCAGGACUCGGGCCACUCAGCCUAAUGAAACCCUGUUGCUCUGUCACCGUGUGCCCUUUGGCCUGACCAAGUUUGACACUGGGAUUCAGUUUAGGCGCCAGCCUCAAGCACAUCCCAGCAGUGGUACUUCGGAGAAAUCAGCAUCUGACUGAGCAGAACAAAUCGUCAGGUGCCUGGAGCAAAAAGGAAAAAAAAAGCAGAAACAAGUGGACAUUUAGUUUUAAGAGAUGGAAAAAGGAAAGAAGAAAGAUUUUUUUUCGAAAAUCAGUUUGUGGAUUCCAGUAGUAUUUAUGUUGAAAGAAGCAAAUUUUAGUUCAACUGUGGAUAUUUGUGAAAACUCCUCACCACCACCCAAGUGUCAGAAGAGCUCUCUCGCUAGCACUUACUGUUUGCAAGAAGCCAUCCUUUAUCCUCUGAAAGGUGGCCCAUGGCGGCAGAAGGGAGGAAGUCAUCUGAUCUGGAAAGCGAGUGUUUGACAGUAGUGGCUUCUGCAGAAAUUCUUACUGGUAUUAAAAACUGGAAAAAAUAAUUCAUCCAGAAUUCAUACUGUCUUGAUAAAAACUAUGAUUCUGUUUUUUAGAUAUCGUGGAAAAUGGAUUUUUUUGGCAUUUUUCUCUGAUUUUAUGUUUUCUUCCCUUCCCUUUUUCUGAGAGAGAGGGAGAGAGAGAGGAGAGAGAGAGAGAGAGAGAGAGAGAGAGAAAGAGAAAGAGAGGAGAAACAAAUACAGAAAAUACAUAAAACGAAAAGAAGAGAAAAGGAAAUUUUAUUAUUAUUGCUAUGUGAAAAAAAAUCCCAGCCCAGAUGGCCUGGCUGUUUGUACCUGACUCGUCGCCUGCAUAGGAGCCGGUCCUGUCACUUCUGAUUAGCCCCUCUUCCAAAGGGGAGACUUCAAAUGUUAACUUUUUCUUUUUGAAAAUAUAAAUAAUUACUAUUUUGUA